ACAGGUUUUCCUUUCACGCUGUCGAGGGUACCAGCUCCCGGUGCCUUGGAGCGGAGAGCGGCGGGAAUUGUGGGUCUGCCCUGCAUCUGGUUGAAUAAGCCGUUUGAUUCGUAGGCCGCCCGAACAAUGGCUCUGAGCAAAAUAUUUACCUCACCACUUCUGUCGAAGUUUCAGCAUGUGGCGCCGACGUACGCCUGCGCCCGGCUCAUGUCGACCGGCGGCGACUCGGAGCUGCGCGCGGCGCUCGCCAAGAAGGUCCCCCUCGUGCAGAAUGAGGUGAAGGAGUUCCGUAAGCAACAUGGCGGCACCAAGGUCGGCGAGAUCACCGUCGACAUGAUGUACGGCGGUAUGCGGGGUAUGAAGGGCCUGGUGACGGAGACGUCCGUGCUGGACCCGGAGGAGGGCAUCCGGUUCCGUGGCUACAGCAUCCCCGAGUGCCAGAAGCUGCUGCCGAAGGCCGCCGGCGGCGAGGAGCCACUGCCCGAGGGCCUCUUCUGGCUGCUGCUCACCGGAGACGUGCCCACCGGUGCCCAGGUUCAGUCCGUCUCGAAGGAAUGGGCCGACCGGGCCGACCUGCCCUCGCACGUGGUCACUAUGCUCAACAACUUCCCGGCCAACCUGCACCCGAUGUCGCAGUUCUCGGCCGCCAUCACGGCCCUCAAUUCCGAGUCCAAGUUCGCGCGCGCCUACGCCGAGGGCGUGCACAAGACCAAAUACUGGGAGCUCUGCUACGAGGACGCCAUGGACCUGAUCGCCAAGCUGCCGACGGUGGCAGCCACCAUUUACCGCAACCUCUACCGCGACGGCAGCAGCAUCGGCGCCAUCGAUCCGCAGCUGGACUGGUCGGCCAACUUCUGCCGCAUGCUGGGCUACGACAGCGCCGACUUCACCGAGCUGAUGCGCCUCUAUCUGACCAUUCACAGCGACCACGAGGGCGGCAACGUGUCGGCGCACGCCACCCACCUGGUGGGCUCGGCGCUCAGCGACCCCUAUCUCUCGUUCGCCGCCGGCAUGAACGGCCUGGCCGGCCCGCUGCACGGGCUCGCCAACCAGGAGGUGCUCGUGUGGGUGACGCGGCUGCGCCAGGAGGUGGGCGAUGACGUCACCAACGACCAGCUUAAGGAGUUCAUAUACAAGACGCUCAAGUCGGGCCAGGUGGUGCCCGGCUACGGCCACGCCGUGCUGCGGAAGACCGACCCGCGCUACACCUGCCAGCGCGAGUUCGCCCUCAAACACCUGCCUAAGGACCCCCUGUUCAAGCUGGUGGGACAGCUGUACGAGGUGGUGCCGCCGAUCCUGAUGGAGACGGGCAAGGUGAAGAACCCGUGGCCCAACGUGGACGCCCACUCCGGCUGCCUGCUGCAGUACUACAAGAUGACCGAGAUGUCAUACUACACAGUGCUGUUCGGCGUGUCGCGCGCGCUCGGCGUCAUGGCCUCGCUGGUGUGGGACCGGGCGCUUGGCCUGCCGCUCGAGCGACCCAAGUCCAUGUCGACCGAGGGCCUCAAGAAACUGGUGGGCGCGUAACCGGCGCCGCCUGGCAGAGCCGCGCCGCGCCGCUGUGGGCGUCCGGCGGUGCGAGGGCGCGGCAGGCCGCCGCCCGGCCCCCAUAGACGGUAGUGGGUCGCUCGCGCGUGCGUGCGUGCGUGCGUGCGUGACGGCCGCGUGUGUAGCGGUGACGAUCAGACGAAUCCGCCCUUCUGGCGACCCCCGGACUUGGCUGGCUUUUUCGUGUCUGUCCCCUGUCGGGGCCCGUCGCCCGUGUAGCGUGCUCCGUGUUGAUGUUUUCGAGACGCGUCGUGGCGGCGGGCCGGUGUGGCUCGCGCUGCUCCUUGUGUUCCUUUCCCAGUCGUUUAGCCCAGUACAAAAUUUCAUAUCCCAGUGCAGCCGUUGGGAACAUCCGUCCUGGGCCGAAGCGCACGAGCUCCCAGUGCAGUCCGGCGGCCGACAUCCGGUUGUGCGCGCACGUGGGGGCAGCUCUGUCCGUGGCGUGUCUAUUUAAAUACCUCCUCUCAGGUAUAUUUAUGUGGUGCUGGUGCAGCACGCAUAGUCAGCCAGGGGUGCUCGGGAGCUCGUGUGUUUCGGAUGGGGUGUGAGUGGUGCCGGAUGGUGUUGAACUCGGCUUCCCUGGUGUUGCGCCACGUCGAUGUAAUACGUUCCCACGAAUUAAUUAUGAUCAUGAUUUUAGAGGCACUUUGUUAUUGACCUAAUGCCAAUAAAUGGGGGUGUGGAA